UAAAUAUCUUUUAUUACUAAUUAUGAACUAAACGUUUCUUUAAAUAUACUCAUUUGUAAGAAAAAAUGGGAGUUAGAGGCUUAACUACGUAUAUAAAUGGUAACCAGGAUACUUUUUUACGUCGACAUUAUCUUCGUGAUUGUAAUCUUGUGAUCGAUGGCUAUAGCCUAUGUUCACAAUUGUAUCGGUCCCUUAAUUGUUUCUCAGCCUUUGGUGGCGAUUACGACAAAUAUGCAUCAUAUACAAAAACAUUUUUUAAAUGUUUACGAAAAUGCAAUGUCAAACCGUAUGUUCUUUUCGACGGUAGCUACGAGAUGAGAAAGCUAAAAACUGCAUACAACAGGCUAAGAUCCAAAAUAAAUGGGGCCUCUCGGUUAGAUCCUGUCACACAAUCGAGCUUACAAAUAUUUCCAUUAUUGUUAAGAGAUGUUUUUAUAGAAGUUCUCAUAGAAAUGAUGGUCCCAUAUACAACGUGUGAAUUUGAAGCUGAUGAUGAAAUCGCCGCUAUGGCUAGAUAUUUGAACUGCCCUGUUCUCAGUUAUGAUUCAGAUUUUUUCAUUUAUAAUGUUCAAUACAUACCUUUUAAUACACUUGAAAUAAAACCAAAACAGGUUAUCCUCAAAAAUGAUAAAGUCCUUGUUAUGGAAUGCAAGAUUUACAAAGUUGAAUAUUUGGUUGCUAAUUUUGGUGGUUUAAAAGAAGAAUUACUACCAUUGCUAGCAACAUUACUUGGAAAUGAUUUUGUGGAGAAGAGAGUUUUCAACAGAUUUUUUUCUCAAUUGAAAUUACAAAAAAGUAAGACCAAAAGAAAUGAACAACAAAGAAACAUCCAUUCACUGUUUAAAUGGUUGCAAGAUGAAUCUCUUGAUUCGGCCAUUACUAAAAUAUUGGGGAGAUUGAAAAAGGAGAAAAGGAAUAAAGUACUUGCCAUAAUUACGAAAAGCAUUAAUGGUUAUAAUCGAACACAUUGUUUGUCUCUGAAAUAUUUAAAUCUGUGCAAAGAUGAGCCUAAAGAUGAUUUAGAUACAAACAUGCCAAUAACUUUAAAUGAUAAUGAAAUUGACAGCAGUGAGGAAACCGACAACGAGGAAUGUGACGAUAGUUCAUCUACAUCAUCAAAUAAAGAAAAUGCUGAUUCAGAUUUACAAAACUUAAACAACAAUCAUAUUAACGGUAUGCCAGAGUGGUUUGCGGAGUAUAUUAGAUUAAAUAAGGUUCCAAGGUUUUACAUCAAUCUGUAUACUCAUCAAUUGUAUUUUUUUUCACCGCAAGCUGAAGAUUAUUCUGAUGAAGAUGCAUCUUUGUGCGCAUUACCCAUACUUAGAUAUGUGUUUGAUAUCUUAACAGAUUUUUCAUAUGAAAAUUUUAUAUAUGUUAGUAGGGAAAAUAAUUCUAAUUAUAAAAGGUUAGUAAUAGAUAAAGAGUAUUCAAUAUCAAGAUUAACAGAAACAUCAUUUAAUGAAUUAAAUAAUGAACAAUUGAAGAAAUACUUUUAUCAUUUCAUUAAAGAGAAAAUGCCAUUAUUAGACUAUGAAACCAUAGAGUUAUUGCCAUCAAAUUUUCAAUUAUACAUGAUAUCAAUUCUGUGGUGGAUAAGCAACUGCAGUGUACCCCUAUCUCAUAUUCACAGCUUAAUAAUAACUUAUAUAUUCUUAGAUGCUAUUGAUGAGAAAAUUGGAACAUUCCGGGGUCACAGUUUUUUCAAUAACAAACAUUCUAAAAAACUUGAAGAACUAAAGAAGCGGCCUUUUGUACCAGCAUCAAUUGAAGAAGAAUUAUAUCUAAACAAACACAAGAUUCAAUAUGAAGAUUGUCUUAUAGCUGGUAGUGUUCUGUUAAAACAUUUUGAAAUUGAUGAUAGUAUCAGAAAGAGACCUAAAAGUUAUGAUAUAAGGAAGAUACAUUCAUUUGCCCAGUUCCAAAGCUGUUUACUGCAGUUUAAUGGUCUUAAUACCUUAUGUGGAGAUCCAUUUAAAAGUACAAUUUACUCCAAAUGUUACAAUGGAACAUUUGUUUACAAUAUGGCACUAAAAUUAGAGAACCAAGAUGACCCGAUACUUUUUAUUGAACAGUACCUUAAAGGUGCUACGAGUGUAUUAACUUUUUAUAAAAGUUUGUGUCACUUAUUUAACAAAUGUCUCACUAUUAUGAAUUUAACUACUGUCAAAUGGAGUAACCGUAAAAGAAGAUCGAGACGUAAGAAAAAGGAAGAUGAUGAUACUAAAUUUAUUGUAGAAGGAUUUGAAUCUCAUGUUGUUAUAUAAAACUAGCUGUCGCCCGCGACUCCGUCCGCGCGCAAAAAAUG